GUUGACGACGUGUCUGUGUCUCGUCCAGUCCGUGUUUUUUCCUGCGUUCAACGUCGUCAUCCGUAACUGGAGCGGUGCUGGCGAGUUUCCACUGCUGUUCGGCCUGGCCUGGAGCGGCACCUACCUGGGCAGUGCGGCCGCGUUCCCUCUCAGCAGCACGCUGUGCCAGCAGCACCAGCUGGGAGGCUGGACCGCCAUCUACUAUGGAUCAGGGCUCGGAUUAGCGCUCUGGGCCAUAUUAGCAUGCGUCAUGCUAAAUGAAACGCCACAACAUAUGCGUUUUAUUUCUGGCGUCGAGAAAAGCUUCCUGGCAUCGCACAACGGUGAUUCUAGGUCCAACAAAGAGCAGGUGCUGCCAGUAUCGCUGUGUGUCCUGAUGAGAAAUCUCCAAGUGUGGAUCAUAUCCCUCAGUUACUUUGUGGUUGCUUGGUUCUUCGCAGCAAUGAACAUCACACUACCAACAUUCAUGAAAGAAGGGUUCGAUUUUGACAUUGAAGAAAACGGUUUUCUGUCUGCGCUGCCUAGCCUGUGUAUGUGUUUGUUUGUCGUCCUCGGCGGUAAAAUGUUUGCCUAUCUACACGUCAACAGAGGCAUCUCCAAAACCAACGGAAGAAAAAUCAUGUCAAUGAUUGGCCUUCUGCUGCCCUCGUGUUGUAUGGCAGUGUUGAUUCUUCUGCCGGCCAGUCAGCGAAUUCUUGGUGUGCUGCUUUCCUCCGUGGCAGUGGGGGCUUCUUGUCUGGUAACCAGUGCUGGUCCGGUGACUGCGGCCGGGGACCUCGCCCCCCAGUACACGGGCAGCAUCUGCGGAAUCGCCGCCUCGAUCGGCAACACACCGGGCUUCCUGGUGCCCCUGGUCGCCGCCGCGAUGACGCCCAAUGGGACGCUGCAGGAGUGGCGCUGGUUCUUCAGCAUCACAGUGGCGCUGAUGGUGCUGUUGGCGGUGCUGAUCGGCACGCUCUGGAGGUCAGAGCUGCAGCCGUUUGCCGCCACUGUGCUGCCGCCUGCCGCCGCGCCGGGGCUGCAGCCGUUCACAGGGAGCAUGGAGUUCCCUGCCGCGGCGCCGGCAACAGCAUCGGGGGCCGCAACCGAGGCAGAAGCCGCCUGAGUGACCUGUUUUGUUCGGCAAUUCAAGCAAAAAUCAAUGUGUGAGUAGCUUAUUACAUGUAUUGUUUGCUAAAUAUAUGUAAAGCAUACCUCA